AUGGGUGAACUAAAGCCAUAUUUGGCAAUGUUUCUGAUACAAUUAAUAUAUUCCGGAUUGACCUUGUUUUCCAAGGCCGCGUUUAACGAGGGAAUAAACGUACACGUGUUUGUCUUUUAUAGACAACUCACUGGAGCCGUUAUUUUGGUCCCUCUGGCCUUGAUACUUGAAAGGUAUAUAGCAGUGCCAUUUUCAUUCAUUAUCUUCUGCAAGAUUUUUAUGUUUUCAUUUUUUGGACUCACUCUUACUCUAAAUAUGCAAGCUGUUGGCCUUGUUUACACAUCUGCUACGUUGGCCGCUGCAUUUAAUAAUACCCUUCCCGCAUCUACGUUCUUCUUUGCUGUGCUGCUCAGAAUGGAGAGGGUAAAUAUAAGGACAAUAUCUGGAAUUACAAAGAUAGGAAGUGUAUUACUGUGCAUGGUUGGUGUAGCGACUCUAGCAUUUUACAAGGGACCUCAGUUAGGGACUGUGCAUCACAGGCUAUCUGGAUCCCACAAUCACAACAGUCAACAACAUGAAGAUCAUUUUUCAUCUCGCACCAGAUGGAUAUUGGGUUCUUUUCUCCUGUUCUUAGCUAUGAUUAUGUGGAGUUUUUGGCUUAUAAUUCAGGCUCAAUUUCUUAAAAGCUACCCUUCAAAAUUGAUGUUCACGAGCGUUCAAUGCCUAUCAAGUUCAAUUCAGUCAUUUGGUGUUGCUAUAGCUUUUGAAAGAGAUAUCCAGCAGUGGAAGUUGGGUUGGAACAUAGAACUGCUUGCAGUUGUUUACUGUGGGACACUCGUGACCGCGGUGGCCUACUACAUGCAAGCUUGGGUGAUUGAAAAGAAAGGACCAGUUUUUAUAGCAAUUUGGAACCCAUUGAGUUUUGUAAUUGCUACGACAGGUUCUAUAUUGCUCUUGGGCGAGCCCCUGCAUCUUGGGAGCGUUUUGGGUGGGAUUCUGCUGGUUUCAAGUCUCUACAGUGUAUUGUGGGCAAAAAGCAAAGAAGGAAUGACUCAUCAGAAUUCUUUACCUUUUCAAACACAUACAGAAACAACGCAAGCCGUGUAA